GAGUGAGGGAGUGUUCGGGACCGCUGAGGGCGCAGGAGCGCGCGCUCCUGUUUAGUGCCACACCGAGCGCCGAGCCGCGUGCUGCAACUCCGGACUUUUUAUUUCGGACACCUAAGAAAGCGAUCCGCGUGUCUUUUUUUAUAAACCUCCCCAUGCAUGAGCACCGCAAGACCAUCCCGUCCCGGCGCGUCCUGAUCACGGAGCGCUUUUAAGGAACCUUACUAACUACCAUCACUUUUUUCUGAUUGUGGGAAUCCCGGUGCUGGAACAGGAGCGCGUGUAAAGAGUGACAAGAUGCUCCGAUGGAUGUAAAGACCAGCGUGUGGGUCUGUAAUCAGUGAGCUGCUUCACACACACACACACACACACACACACACACACACACACACACACACACACACACACACACACACACACACACAAACAGGACCGCGCGCUAGAAACGCAGAUCGGACCCGCGAUGAUCGUCUCCACGGUUUGCGUUCUCCUGCCGCUGCUGGACGUCCUGCUCUCUGCAGAAAAGUCAGUGUUUGCUGCAGGGAACCGGAUGGACUGCGUCGGAGCCAGUGAGCUGUGCUUAAAGGAGCCGGGAUGCAGCACAAAGUAUCGGACUAUGAGGCAGUGCAUAGCCGGGAAGGAGGGCAACAUCAGUGCCGAGGGGAGAGAUGAGUGCCGCAGCGCCUUGGACGCGCUCAAACAGAGCCCGCUGUACAACUGCCGGUGCAAAAGAGGCAUGAAGAAGGAGAAGAAUUGCCUGCGCAUCUACUGGGGACUCUACCAACAUUUACAAGGAAAUGAUUUACUGGAGGAAUCUCCUUACGAGCCCAUGACUAGCCGUGCAUCUGAUAUAUUUCGAUUGGCGCCCAUCUAUUCAGAGGGAGACACCAACAGCGGCCACCGGAGCGCUCCAGUCACCGUUCGCCCGGCCCAAAACCCCGGUAGAAACAAGAGAUCAAAUCCGGCUCGGGAAGUUCUGGGUGACCCUGCUUUAGCUAAGGAGAACAACUGCCUGAAUGCAGCCAAGGCGUGUAACCUGAACGACACGUGUAAGAAGUACCGCUCCUCCUACAUCAGCCCUUGCACCAGCCGCGUCUCUACGGCCGAAGUGUGCAACAAGCGCAAGUGCCACAAGGCGCUACGUCAGUUUUUUGACAAGGUGCCUCCUCGACACAGCUACGGCAUGCUAUACUGCUCAUGUCCUCCAGGGGACCAGUCAGCCUGCUCCGAGCGCCGGCGCCAGACCAUCGUCCCCGCGUGCUCUUACGAGGACAAGGAGAAACCCAACUGCUUGGCACUGCAAGUCUCCUGCAAGAGCAACUACAUCUGCAGGUCACGUCUAGCAGAUUUCUUCUCCAACUGUCAACCCGAGCGACGGUCAAUGUCCGGCUGUCUGAAAGAGAACUACGCUGACUGCCUUCUCUCCUACUCGGGCCUCAUCGGUACGGUGAUGACCCCAAACUACCUGCGAUCCCCUAAAAUCAGCGUGUCGCCUUUCUGCGACUGCAGCAACAGCGGCAACAGCAAAGAGGACUGCGAGCGGUUCACGGAGUUCUUCACUGACAACGCCUGUCUGCGUAACGCCAUCCAGGCGUUUGGAAACGGGACGGACGUGAGCGUGUGGCAUUCGUCUGCAGUGCAGAGCACCACGGCCGCCAUCACCCCAUCACACAGAGGCCGAGGACGUGAGAAAUCCUCCAACUCCCUGGACUCGGACUCGCACGGCAGCCACGUGAACCUUGGAGAUACUUCGAUGUAUCAGUUCUGUGGAAACCUGCAGGCACAGAAGCUGAAGACCAACCAAACAAUAGAUGUGGUUUGUGUGGAUCCUCAGAUCGACAACCCCAGCUCCUCCAACUCCAUCUCGGGGAACUCAGCAUCUCCGCCAGGCUUUAGUGCUCCGCUUCUCCUGCUGCUCAGCUCUUUGCACUGCUCCCUGACGCUCCUGUCACCCAACCCGGCACUGCUGUGGUAGCCACCCGGCCGACGCACCACGUGGACGCUCGUAAUUUGUAUUAAAAAAAAAAAAAAUCUCGGAUAUAUGUUCCAGGUGUCCCUGUUGUAAUCACGUCCUCUCACUGUCUCCUCUGUAUUUUUACAGCUCUGAGUUUUCUGAGCUUCGGUUGAUGCGAAAGUGAUUUUUGGUGUAAUCCGAGUUUUAUUUUUUAUUAUUUUUUUUUCCUUUUGUACCUGGAGAUGAACGGCGGAAAAAAAACAAACGUCCGCGCGGCUUUCGAGACGUACGACGAUCCGGUCUCGUAGCCGAAAGACGUGAGAUCUCUUAAGUGUUUGACGAAUCUCAUCCGUGUUACUCGCGUACUGUACGUCGUGUGUCGUAUUACGUGCGUCGACUUUUAAGAGGCACGCGAAUCGAAGGCUCGCUGCGAGGUUUUGUCAAUUUCAAGCCUUUUUAAACACACAUACAGUAGUGUCAGAGACUUGGAGUAACUUUCCGACGCGUGCACAAAAAAUCGCUUUGUUCGCUGGGAUUUCUGUUGUGCAUGAUUCUUCUUAUAUCUCCGACGACCGCUUUCAUAGCUUUAAUCCGAUUAUUUUCGUGCGACGUAGCUAUUCGUACAGUACAUGUACAGUAUAUAUAUAUAUAUAUAUAUAUAUAUAUAUAUAUAUAUAUAUAUAUAUAUAUAUAUAUAUUUUGAGAUCCUGCUUUGGGUCAGGAAGACUGUGCCUGGGUCAUGUUGAGCUGAGUGCCUCCAAGUCUAUAAACAGUCACCACUGGUGUAUAUAUACGACUUCCUCAAACUCACAUCCUCUGUUAUGAAACUUCACCGUAAUCGUAGCCGUCACCGGUCUGAACUCGUCCGUCCUCAAAGUGCACCUUUAUAAUGCCUUUAAAGUGUAAACCGUCUUUGGGCCCCUUUCGUCCAAAUCAGAAUCUUUAUAUGUAUUAAAUGAAGUUUUUUUUUUUUUGUGUGUGUGUGUGUGUGUGUGUGUGUGUGUGUGUGUGUGUGUGUGUGUGUUCCAGAGACUGCGUUACGGCCGUAUGCUGAACUCAGAUCUCGAUCCUAACCGAUCCGAAGGUUCGACUUUACAGUUUCCUUCGAAACGAACUCGAAGCAUGUUUCGGUUUCGACAGCUGUUGCACAUUUGAAGCAUUUAUGACAUGAAGUUUGGCUUUUUUUUUCUUUCUUUCUUUUUUAAGGAUGAAUUAUUUACACAAGAAAUGCAUUUAGGCAUCGCUCUCUUUAUUUACUGGGCAUCAUGAUGUUUACUCGAUAUCUCAAUUUAAUCGGACGGAGAAAAUCCUCCUACUGCAUAUGAGGUCAUAAUGACUUGUUCAGAUUAAGGUAUAUAGAUACACACACACACACACACACACACACACACACACACACACACACACACACACACACUCCACCUUUAAUGACGACUGCCCCAAAGUGAACAACAAAGGUUUAACUGAAUACUUAAGUAUUGUUCAAUGGUAUAAGAAAGAACGGGGG